AAUAAAUAAACCCCCCGGGAGAACUUGUUCUUCAAGUCGCUGCUGUUAGCAUAAUUGCAGAAGGGGGCUUCCAAAUUUCACAGAAGCCAUAAAAAGUUCAGAUCGAAGAAGAAGAAGAAGAAGAAGAAGAUGGAGUGCGUAUUCGGUCUCGUAGGCAACGGAUUCGUCAUAGUGGCGGCGGAUACAUCGGCGGUGCACAGUAUUUUGGUCCAUAAAUCCAACGAGGACAAGAUCAUGGUCCUCGAUUCCCACAAGCUCGUCGCAGCCAGCGGCGAACCCGGCGACAGGGUUCAGUUCACGGAGUACAUCCAGAAGAAUGUGUCUUUGUAUCAGUUCCGCAAUGGGAUUCCUUUGACCACUGCCGCUGCUGCUAACUUCACUCGUGGCGAACUUGCUACCGCCUUGCGUAAGAAUCCAUACUCCGUAAACAUUCUGCUAGCGGGAUACGACAAGGAGACUGGUCCAUCCCUCUAUUACAUUGACUACAUCGCCACCCUUCACAAGGUUGACAAGGGAGCUUUUGGAUAUGGGUCUUACUUUUCACUCUCCAUGAUGGACAGACACUAUCAUAGUGGCAUGACAGAAGAAGAAGCCAUUGAUUUGGUCGAUAAGUGCAUACUGGAGAUCAGGUCUAGGUUGGUUGUGGCCCCGCCAAACUUUGUGAUCAAGAUCAUCGAUGAGAACGGAGCUAGGGAGGUUGCUUGGCGCGAAUCUAUCAAGGAUGGAGCUAGUGUACCUUCAGCUUAAGACUUCAAUGUUAUCAGCAGAGGUUUGCAUUUCUUUCUAUCAUCUUAACUUUGUAUGGUCGGCGAGCGGGGUGUAUUUUACCCUCUUCCAGCCUAGUUUCAGACAUUUUGAUAGAGUUAUGUUGUGAUUGAAGUCUCUUGUUCCUGAAUACAUGAGCGAACAAACGCAAUCUGAACUUCUAUAGAUUGAUUUAUCAUCUGCUGUGCUGAAGUUCAAAGGUACUACUUAUGAAUAGAUUCACAAUUAAGUUGGCCUCGCAAGGAAA